UUUGGUAAAUGACAGGUCUGACAUCUGCUUCGACGCACUUUCCCAACUUCCCUAGUACGCAUCACAAAACGGCGAAUUUUUUCAGUUUUUAUAUUAAAGCAACCUCUUUCUGUUUCAAUAUCAUUCUUACUUGCUUUUCAUUCCCAAAAUGGGCCAAAAUCAGUCUCAAAUCUUUGAAGAUUUGAUCUCCAAUUCUACGUUCACAAACGAGGAAAUUGCUAGAAUUCGGAAGCGUUUUAAGAAAAUUGAUGCCAACCAUUCUGGUUCAAUUGACAGGAAUGAGUUUUUAUCCAUCCCUAGUAUCGCAAACAAUCCUCUAGCUUCUCGAUUAUUUUCUGUCGUUGAUGAAGACGGCGGAGGAGAUGUUGAUUUUCAAGAAUUCAUUAAUAGCCUCUCAGUGUUUUCAAUUCAUGGUAAUAAAGAGGAAAAGCUUCGAUUUGCUUUUAAGAUCUAUGAUAUUGACCGUGAUGGCUACAUUUCAAAUGGAGAGCUUUUUUUGGUCUUAAAGAUGAUGGUUGGGACCAAUCUUCGCGAAGACCAGCUUCAGCAGAUUGUCGAUAAAACAAUCAUGGAAGUCGAUAGGGAUUGUGAUGGAAAAAUCAGUUUUGAAGAGUUUAAACAAGUUGUAAGUGGCUCCAAUGUCACCAGCAAUAUGACGCUAAGCUCUUUUUAACCUUUUUUCUUUGUUAUUCGCUUAUUUCCAUGGUUUGUUGCAUAAACUCUUUAAUUUUUGGAGUUUCUUUUUUUUUUCCUCUUUUCAUUGAAUUCAAUUCUACUGCAUUCGAUUUAUUCUCCUAAUAUUUCUAAAUUCCUUUAUACCCUCUUUAGCCAAAAUGCAUGCAUCUUUUAUUUCUCACUUUAUUUCUAAAUGCUUCUUUUAAGUUAUUUUUGCACUAGCUGCGUUUUUAUUUCUGUGUCAGCAAGAAAGUAAAACCACCUUCUUGUUCUUUGUUACACGUAUAACUGUUUCUUUUACGGCAUCCUUGAACCUGUUGCGUCAAAUAUUGUUCAUGCUUCUAUCAUAACUUUGAUUGGGAUUGGCGAAGUUGUUUACACUGUUUAUGAUCGCUACGUUCUCUAAAAAAAACUCAGGUAUAACGGAACAGUAAAAAGUAUUUAUGUGAAAUGUUAUUAUUGCUUUUUUACCUUAGGAAUCAUUAUUUGAUCAUGCGCUUAGAAGCCAUGAAACCCAUUAAUAAAUUUUUCAUUAUAUCAUUAGACAA